GUCGAGCUGCCGCCAAUUCCGAAAACUUUCAAGCAUGCCAUAAGUGUCGCCCAGGGAUUGAAAAUUCGGUACCGUUGGAUGGACUCACUGUGCAUUACCCAGGACUCAGAAGCCGACUGGGAAAAGGAAUGCGCCUUGAUGAAAACGGUCUAUAAGUACAAUUUCUGCAACAUUGGCGCGACACUAUCUAACACUAGCGACGGCGGUCUG